AUCGCUGUCGUCCGCGUGUCGGGACAUCCCCCUUCUCCUUCUGUGGUAUGCUCGUAUUCGGAAGGCAGUUGCCAUUUUGUUGAGUUCGCGCCUCGAGUACGGAGAGUGGGUUAUCAAAAUGGUGAAGCUGUUCGUAGGUAACCUUCCUCCUGCGGCAAAUCAAACAGAGCUCAAAUCUCUCUUUGAGCAGUUUGGUAAAGUAUCGGAGUGUGACAUCAUAACAAAUUAUGCCUUUGUUCACAUGGAAGACAAAAAGUCUGCAGAUGAAGCUGUGAAUAAUCUGAAUCAGUGUAAGCUUCAUGGUGUUUCCAUCAAUGUGGAACACAGUAGAGGCAAACCUAGAGCUUCCACCAAGCUUCAUGUUAGCAGCCUUAACACUGAUUGCACACCAGAUGAGCUACGGGAAAAAUUUGAGGAAUAUGGGAGCGUGCUGGAGUGUGACAUAGUUAAAGAUUAUGCAUUUGUUCACAUGGAGAAAGCAGAAGAAGCAUUGGAGGCCAUCAGAAAUCUAAACAACUUGGAAUUCAAAGGGAAAAAGAUGCACGUUCAGCUUUCUACAAGCCGUCUGCGAGUAACACCGGGGAUGGGAGAACAAAGUCGAUGCUACCGUUGCGGGAAGAACGGCCACUGGUCCGGAAUGUGCCCCUUAGACCAAAUGGCUCAGGAGCUGGGGCCAUCUUAUCAUGAUCCUUUCGCUGAUCCUUACGUCCCAAUGCGCAGUGCGGCGGCUGCCUACGCGGAGCGCAUGUUAUAUGAUGAACGCCGCAGCCUCAUAGACUACUACCACCGUUACCGUAUACGCCCGUCAUCGUAUGAUACCUUUAUGGAUCGUCGAAUGCCUCCUAUCCCCCCACCAUCAAUGUCCACUUUAUCACACAGAAAGCGUUUGGAAUCCUAUCCAUAUGAGAGGCAUUUGUUGCCACCUCCACCUCCGCUUCCCAGCUAUUAUUCACGAGAUCGAAGCCCAAUACGUCGUGCCACUGCAACAGCUGGUGUGGAGGGAUAUGGUGCGGAGCGCAGAUUAACCCCUGCCGUACGGAAUUCUGUCUAUGACGCCCCACGAUACAUGCGGGAUGCUGACCGGUCGCGGUUUUACUAGAUUGAGGAGGUAAGCUACGAUGUCCGGUGCAGUCUCCAGUUGCAUUUGCAGUACAAAGUUUUUACCUUCAUACGCCAGAUACAUGCUGUCACAUCUGUUUUUGUUUUGUAGUUUUAUUUUUUGGGGAGAUGUAAAUGUUUUUAUGGCAAGUAGUCUGGGCACUUUUCAACUUGGUUAUCUCUGCAACACAUUUCAGAUUUUUUUUCUUUCUUUAUAAAAUGUUAAAUGUGUUAUCUACAGUCUAAAAAUUGCCCUUAAAACCUGUUAAAAAGGUGAUGCAUUAGAAUUGGGUCUAUAAUCAAACAAAUGUUUUUGCUCUAGGUAUUUAAAAAAAUAAAAAAAAGUUAGACAUUGUAAUGUUAAGGGUUUGCUGCGCAGUGAAAUAUUAAUGUAUUAGCAGAACAGGGCAAAUUUGUAUGCAGUGUGCCUGUUAAAUGCUAUCAUUUAAAUUUUUUUUCCCUUUUUUCCAUCUUCCAAUAAUAAACAACAAGUUGAAAAUUGUCA